AGUAAACAAUAUGGCGGACAAGUUACUUUCCCAUCUUUAAUCUGCGCCACUAUGCAUCACUUGUAAUAUGCACUGAUCUUAAUAGAAAUACAUGCACGAAGUUCAUCUAAGUUGUUUCCAUUCGUCAUGCCAAAAAAAGUGGGGAAGAAGAAAGGAAAGAAGAAAUCGAGCAAGUCUGUUACUGACCGCGAAAGAUCCCUUGAGCUGGGCACUGUACCGAACAAAACCAUGGUGCAACAAAUGGCAUCUGAGACACUGAGUGUAGCAGGUAGCAGUCGUGGCGGUACGUCCUCGAGAGAAAGGCUGUCCCAAGCUUUGUUUGAAGCUGAACUGCGGAACCAAAGGAGAUUUAUGAAGGGAAGAGUCACAACAAGAGCAUAUGAACAACUUACACCACAGGAGAUCAGAGAUCUUAAGUUGGUCUUUGAUGUAUUUGAUACAGACAAAAGUGGGUCAAUUGAUGCUCGAGAACUUAGAAAGGCUAUGAGAGCUCUAGGGUUUAAGAUUUCAAAAGAAUCUAUAGAGGACAUGAUAGCUGACUUGGAUAUUGACAAAUCUGGAUCAAUUGAAUUUGAUGAGUUCUUGGAAUUCAUCAUUGCAAGACAGGGGGAUGGCAGAGAUGUACACAAUGAAAUUGUCCAAGGUUUCAAGAUGUUUGACACAGACAAGACAGGGAAAAUAUCAUUAAAUAAUCUGAAACAGGUGUCCAGGCUGUGUGGUGUAAAGUUGAAUGAACAGGAACUCAAAGAAAUGAUACAAGAAGCUGAUAAAGAUGGUGACAAUGAAGUGGAUCAGGAAGAAUUUGUGAGCAUGAUGCUAAAAACUAACUUGUUUAGUACAUAAUCGAGAAUUGACCAGAAGAGGAAAAUGUGAACUGAUCAGUCUUACUAAGAGGACUUACCAUGACUGAAGGUAUCAAAGGUAUCUAAUAUUAAUCCUUUAAUUCCCAAGAUCUCGUUAGUAAUUCUCCUUACUGCCUGUCAUACAAUUCAUGUUAGUUUGGAGAAUUUGGAAUUGGAUCAACCAAUAAUCUCCUAAUUGAUAUUUUUCUUAAUUCUCAUCACUUGUCUGCUUGAUAUUGUGCUGAUAGAGUAAUGAGAAAUUCUAUCUUGGUCACUAGUGGGACUUAAAGGGGUAAAGAACACUUAAAGAAAAUUUUACAGAAGGCAUCUCCUUGGUUUAAAACCUAGUUAAGUUGAAUACAGAAACAAUUUACGUACAGAUGGUGAAACUAUUAUUUUUAACUUAAGGUAUGAUUUUUGUUUUGGAGGGGAGAGGGGGCUCAUUUAAAGAUUGAAGUUCUCAAGGAAGUUUAAAAAGAGGGCUUAAAGUUUGCUCAGAACUGAUAUGACAGAUUUUUUUUUGAGGAGGGAAGGAGAAUUCAGUUAAAACUUGAAGUUUGAAAGGUAGGUUUGUGGGGAAGGUGCAUAGCUUUACUCAGUCAAGAAUUGAUAAAACAUUUUAGAAACUGCUUCAUUAAUAUACCCUCUCUCAAUCAAAAGUAUCUGACCAGGUCAGUUAAUUCCACAAUUUGGAUGGAGUUGUAAAUAAAUUACUACUCACAUAGAAAACUCUGAUUUCCAGAAAAAAAAAGAUAGUCUUAACAAGUAAUUUUGAAUGGACCAAACUGUGAUUAUCAUCAGCUUAUAGUCAGACUUUUUGUAUUUGACGCUCGUACUACUAUUUGAAAAUACACACCUAUAUGUUACAGCUUUGAGCAUGGCUUAAAAGUGUAACCAAGUCAAGAUUGGUUUAAGUGUUUUGAUUGGUUUUUAUAGCAAAGACCAUUUUCUUUUUCUUUUUUAAAUGAAUCACCAGAGCACAGUAAAGCAAUGCUGACCUGUGUAAUUUUUACACUCAACUGAUAAAUUUGUCUAUUUUUUAGGGAGCUUGCCAGCCCAAUAAUUUUUAUUUGGAGACUUACCAAAUAAUAUAUUUUAUUACCUUUUUGACUGUCAUAAUUUCAUUAGAAGUUUAAUUUGUGACUUUCGCAAAAGAUAAUAUAUUUACUUAAUUCUUACAAACAUACUACAUGCAGUUUAAAUUU